AUUUUUUUCAAUCAUUUAUAUUUUUCACAUUUUCAUUGUUUUAUAACUUGCUAUAUAGUGCGCCGAUUAUCUCAGUUUAAUAUAUAUAUACUCGGAAGCUUCAUUGCGGUUAUCGGUGUGGACUUUCUAUAUUGACCCAUUGCGUUCUGCUCUGAUGCCGUCUAAGCACUGCACAGAUAAGAGACACUUCUUUUGUACUUCUUCAGAUGUCGGAUCCUAUAUGUAUUCAGGUUUAUAUAGCGCCGAUGUGGCCAGCAGCAGUUGCAGUCUCAUUGCAAAUAUGAAGAACGAGUAUUUGUUGCUUACAGCAGUUGGAUUGCUGUUGUGCCUCUCCAGUGUGCACGCCAAACCAGGGAUGUGCAAUGAGAAGCACUCAAUGUCGGGCAUGGCACAGGAUGGUGCUGCCUGCAUGGCCUAUAUGCCCAGCUGGACCUACAAUGCCGCCAAAAACGCCUGCGUCGAGUUUGUAUUUGGUGGCUGCGGUGGCAAUAAAAACCAAUUUGGCAGCCAAGGUGAAUGCGAGACGGCCUGCAAGGACUAAGCUGGAAGCACAGCGUCAAACCAGUCUCAAGUGCUGGCAAAACCCAGCGCAAAGGCGAAUAAACAAUAACAAAGAAAAGAGGAAAUAUAUAAUUAUAAAAUAAACGACGAAGCUUGUUUUGUAAAAUAAAUACAAAUUUCUCUAUAGUUUUCAAGGUUUGUUGUCGUUGUUGUUGCUGUUGUUGUUGUUUUUGCAAAAGAGCGCUCAUCUUGACCCAGAGAUAAACCUACAGCCGGUUUCUGCCUAUAUAACGAGCCCCACAUGCCGGCAACCAGAUCAGUUGCAAGCGACGCAGUGCCCAAACAUCAGUUUUUUAAAAUUAUUUUUCGAUUUUUUCACCAGCUCGAAUUCAAGAUGAAAUAUUUCGCUGUGCUGCUGUUGCUCUGCGCGCUGCUGGGUGCUGCGCUGGCCACACUUAAGAAUCCUGCCUGCGGUGAGGAGUUUGGCAAAAUAGGCAACUGUCGCGCCCAGAAGUCGAAGUGGACCUAUCGCCGGGACACCAAUGAGUGCAUCAAUUUCACCUACGGCGGCUGCCAAGGCAACAACAAUCUCUUCGACACGAAGAACUUGUGCGAGCAGACCUGCAAAGUUUAAGUGGAACUUGUUUUGUUAAAUAAUUAAUAUAUAAAUACAUGUUACUUAUAAAAUAACUCAA